AUGAUCUCCACCCGCCUCGCGCGUGCCGGUGCGCUGGCCUCCAAGUCCCGUGUUCUUUUCGGGGCUCGGGGCUACGCUACCGUUGACCCUCUCGACAAGAAGGUCGAGAUGACCAACUCUGAAACUGGUAACUACAUCAACUACAAGAAGAUGUCCGAGAACCUGAAGGUCGUCCGCGAUCGUCUGCAGCACCCUCUGACCUACUCCGAGAAGGUCAUCUACUCUCACCUUGACGACCCCCACAACCAGGACAUUGAGCGUGGUGUUUCUUACCUGAAGCUCCGUCCCGACCGUGUUGCUUGCCAGGAUGCCACCGCCCAGAUGGCCAUUCUCCAGUUCAUGUCCGCUGGCAUGCCCUCCGUCCAGACCCCCACCACCGUCCACUGUGACCACUUGAUUGAGGCCCAGGUUGGUGGCGAGAAGGAUCUUGCUCGUGCCAACGACAUCAACAAGGAGGUCUACGACUUCCUGUCUUCCUCCACCGCCAAGUACAACAUCGGUUUCUGGAAGCCCGGUUCCGGUAUUAUUCACCAGAUCGUCCUGGAGAACUACGCUUUCCCCGGUGGUCUGAUGAUCGGUACUGACUCUCACACUCCCAACGCUGGUGGUCUCGGUAUGGCCGCCAUCGGUGUCGGUGGUGCUGACGCUGUCGACGUUAUGGCUGGUCUCCCUUGGGAGCUGAAGGCCCCCAAGGUUAUUGGUGUCCGCCUCACUGGCAAGAUGUCCGGCUGGACUACCCCCAAGGAUAUCAUUCUGAAGGUUGCUGGUCUCCUGACCGUCAAGGGUGGUACUGGUGCCAUUAUCGAGUACCACGGUCCUGGUGUUGACUCCCUGUCCUGCACUGGUAUGGGUACCAUCUGUAACAUGGGUGCUGAGAUCGGUGCUACCACCUCUAUCUUCCCCUUCAACGACCGCAUGUACGACUACCUUAAGGCCACCAAGCGUCAGCACAUUGGUGACUUCUCUCGCGAGUACGCCAAGGACCUCCGUGAGGACGACGGUGCCCGCUACGAUCAGAUCAUCGAGAUUGACCUCAACACCCUCGAGCCCUACAUCAACGGUCCCUUCACCCCCGAUCUGGCCACCCCUCUGUCCAAGUUCAAGGAGGCCGUUAAGGAGAACAAGUGGCCCGAGGAGCUUAAGGUUGGUCUGAUUGGUUCUUGCACCAACUCCUCCUACGAGGAUAUGUCCCACGCUGCCUCCAUUGCUCGUGAUGCUCUGGACCAUGGCCUGAAGUCCAAGUCCAUCUUCACCAUCACCCCCGGUUCCGAGCAGAUUCGCGCUACCAUUGCCCGUGAUGGUCAGCUCCAGACCAUGGAGGAGUACGGUGGUGUCAUCCUGGCCAACGCCUGUGGCCCUUGCAUUGGUCAGUGGGACCGUAAGGACAUCAAGAAGGGUGAGGCCAACUCCAUCAUCUCCUCCUACAACCGUAACUUCACUGGCCGUAACGACGCCAACCCCGCCACCCACGCUUUCGUCGCCUCCCCCGACAUUGUCGUCGCUAUGACCGUUGCUGGUACCCUGAACUUCAACCCUAUGACCGACAAGCUCAAGGACAAGGAUGGCAACGAGUUCAUGCUCAAGGAGCCCACCGGUGAGGGUCUCCCCAGCCGCGGCUACGACCCCGGUAUGGACACCUACCAGGCUCCCCCUGCCAACCGCGAGUCCAUCAACGUCGCUGUUUCCCCCAACAGUGAUCGUCUGCAGAUCCUGGCUGGUUUCCCUGCCUGGGACAAGAAGGAUGCUGAGAACAUCCCCAUCCUGAUCAAGUGCCAGGGCAAGACCACCACUGAUCACAUCUCCAUGGCCGGCCCCUGGUUGAAGUACCGUGGUCACCUGGACAACAUCUCCAACAACAUGCUGAUCGGUGCCAUCAACGAGGAGAACGGUGAGGCCAACAAGGUCAAGAACGCCUUCACUGGCGCCUACGACGCUGUCCCUGCCACUGCCCGUGACUACAAGGCCCGUGGCGUCAAGUGGGUUGUCAUCGGUGACUGGAACUACGGUGAGGGUUCUUCCCGUGAGCACGCCGCUCUGGAGCCCCGUCACCUCGGCGGUCUCGCCAUCAUCACCCGCUCCUUCGCUCGUAUCCACGAGACCAACCUGAAGAAGCAGGGUAUGCUGCCCCUGACCUUCUCCGACCCCGCCGACUACGACAAGAUCAAGCCCGAGGACAAGGUUGAUCUGCUCUGCACCCAGCUUGAGGUCGGCAAGCCUAUGACCCUCCGCGUCCACCCCGCUGCCGGUGGCGCUGCCUUCGACGUCUCCCUCAGCCACACUUUCAACGAGCCCCAAAUCGAGUGGUUCGUCGACGGUUCCGCCCUGAACACCAUGGCUCGCAAGUCCGCCAACUAA